AUGGACGGACGGCAGCAGUAUAUUCCUGGACCGCCGCCUACCUCCCAAACACAUCCCAUGAAUCUACCUCCACCUCCGCCUCGCCAAGUUGUACCGCCCCCUCCCCCUGGCCCGCCGCCGGGGUCGACAUACACCCCAGCAACGGCAUACGGAGUUCCUACAGGAUGGCAGCAGCAGCAGCAGCAGCAACAAAACUGGGGCAGGCAGGCGCUGACUCCAGGCUUUCCCCCGCCUCCUCCUCCUCCUAUGGCUGCCCCUACACAAAAUCAUACUCUAACGUAUGGUCGCCCACCGGCUCCUUUAUCAAUAAUUCCGCCGCGCCCCCCGAAUGAUUCCCUACCGUUGACGUCCGCCACCUACAUACCCGGUAACGACACGAUUGGAGUUGGUAUUCCUGGACUCUUUGACACCCAUGGAAGAGCUCAAUAUGACCCGUAUGCGCACUCUGCCACGGUCGAAAGACAACGGCUGGGUAUGAAUCAACCGCAUGAGCUGAUCAGCAACCAAGCUCCAUACAAGCUAGACCCAAGCCUCCCACAGACCCCCGGAACUCGCACUGCUCCCCAAUCCUUUGGUCUUCAUGGUAAUAUCCAUGAACUGACAUCCAACGACAGUCCUCAGCCGCAGCCGCAGGCUGGAGAGAUUGUCAAGUCGUCAAGCCAUCGCCACAACCCGAGCGGUGCGUCGCUGGGGGGGUUGUCGCACAGUGAGGCUGCGAUCCAGUGGCCAUUGGAGCGAGUGCUCAUAUGGCUUGCUAGAAAUGGAUUUUCCAACGACUGGCAGGAAACUUUCAAGUCUUUGGAACUCCAAGGAGCUGACUUCCUCGAGCUUGGUCACGGCUCUGGUGGCCGAGGCAAUCUGGGGAAGAUGCAUCAAGUUGUUUAUCCUCAACUGGCAAAGGAGUGUGGCCUAAAUGGCACAAAAUGGGAUCCUGGCCGUGAAAGAGACGAAGGCAAGCGCAUGCGCAAAUUGAUUCGUCAAAUUCACGAUGGUUCGCAAGAUGCGGUUUCGACGCCUUUGCAGCCGACUCAGCCGAAUGCAUUCCCUGAUAGUAGUCUUGCAUACUUCUCUAAUCAUUUCCCAGAACCACGCUCUGCUGGUCCCAUCGCUGGUACUAACGAUGUGAGCCCAGAACACCUUACUGCACUGCAUGCCGCCAAUCAGAAGCAGGCUGGGCAGCGUUCAGUGACAAUGCCGGUUUCUACUGCACACGAUUCGCCGAGGUAUGAAUCUCCCGCGCGGGAGUCGCCAAAUUGGUUGCGAUCCGACUAUUCGCGGAAUGCCUUGUCUGGAAUCGGUGAACAUCGACGCCAGAGCCCUUCGAUUGGAAGUGAAAGUGGCACAUUUCAGGGUGCUAUACUUCGACCCCAAGAAGGUAGCCCGAAGAGUGGGAGUCCGGCCUUGCCAUAUGUGACCCCCGCUUAUACGCAGCACCCAACUUCAUCAAGUGGAGACCUGUCGUUGAAAUAUGACCACUCGCGAGGCAACAGUACCGACUCCAUUCCAGGUGUCGGGAGGGGUUCCACGCCCCGUUACUAUGGCAGACAAGGCCCAGAAGGUGCUCGUCCUUCUCCGCAGGAUGCCUAUUCUCGUCAAUGGAGUGGAGAUACCCCUUCAUCGUAUAAAGACCACAGUAAAGGCUUUUUGGGUUUUCUUAAGAAGAAAACAAGAGCUAAUGACUCCAAUCACCCAUCUCCUGACCAACAGCAGGAUGACUCCUCGCCGACUACCAGUCCAGAGACUCGUCCAAAUGGGGCUUAUCUCCCUUACUCAAAGCCUGGGUUCAACUCUAGUGAUCUUUCUGUUGGCGAUCGUCCAUUGACGGGCACAACAAAGACCAAGAAGUGGGCAUUUGUCACUCUAGAUGGAUCCUUAUUCCGCCUCGUUGACAUCUCCGACAUGGAAUCGGUCGAAAACCUCCGUGCUGAGAUUUGUCGAAACAUGGCAAUCUCUGACUGGACCAGUGCUCAGAUUUUUCUUACGGAGCCCGGUCAGACGGAGCACGAGAAUCCUUUGAGCGAUGCAAAUCUGACGCACUCUCGUCGCAGCAAGUCCGAUCAAUACGGCUCUUUGAAACUGUUUGUACGGGGAAACCCUGUUCAUCCUCCUACUACUCCUCGGGUCGAUGGUCUGGGUGUUUCGUUUUCUGACAAGUCGAACCUGUCUCCAACUGCAACGCAUCACCAGGUUCACAGAAAGCCACUAGAUGAGGAUGCCCUGAGUCGUAUAUCACCGCAUCAUGCUGUACCAAGCUCUCCAUCCUUGGCCUCUCGGCAGACCACGAUAAAGGCUCCGGUGAAGACAUCGCCGGCGGAAACCACGCCAGACCUGAACCAGCCUCUAGACUCCGAGAAAGCCGAUCUACUCGCCCGCCACGAGGAACAUAUGCGUGAAGUUGAGCGAAAGCAAAAACACUAUUUCCUCUCCAAAGCGCCGCUGUCUCAACAAAAGGCCAAUGCCUAUGGUGAUACUGGUUACAGGCGUAAUGAAGUCAUUGAUUUCGACAGUCCUCGCAUUUCGCCCUAUGAUGAAAAGAAAGGAGAAUCGCUUGUGCCACUUCGCAAACCGCCAACGGCACCGUUCGAAUCCAACACCCUCACAAAAGUCAACUCUCUCAGCAGAAGACCGAGCGAGGUUAGCUUCCUCAGCAGAAGACCCAGUGAACGUCCUCGAAACCGGCCGGAGGUUCAAACACAUGGCCUUGGGGCUGCACUUGCCAGUGUUGGCCGUGUUACGAGUGCCAUUGGCACUCCGUUGCCUUCGGUUGCUCCAACUUCCCCUACAAAUCGAGAUAGCGUAGGCUCCGAGUCGGAUCGAGCUGGAACUCUUGACUCGGCUGGAACAAUGUCAAGUAAAUCAACUUUGGACUCGCGACCAUCCUCUUCGAGGAAUUCUCAACCCGAAAUAUCAUUCGCCCAACAAUCACCCGAAAAGUCCGACAUUGACGGACCCUCGAGGCCUGCAUUACAAUCUCGCAAGUCAUUCGGUCCGGAGUUCGACUUCGAAGAAAACCAAGUGUCUUUCCAGCGAACUCCCCAGCCACAAGAUGACUCGGAUGACGAUUCUGACGAUGGUCUAUUUCAAGUCCGACCCUCAAGAACCCAAGAGGAACAGGAAAUGGAAGCAGAGCCUGACAGAAAGUCAGAGAGGCCGUCCCUCACACUCAAAACAGGAGAUCGACUCAGUAAGGGACUGUCUGUUCGUUUCAAGUCUCCGAGCACAGCCGGUCCCAGUUCUGGCGAUGCAUCGGAUGGAAGGGAACCAUUCUCUGCCAACCCUUACGAGUCAGUUUCUCCUGAAGAUGAGAAGGCUCCUCGCCGGGAUUCAUUUGCCCGAGAUGUUUGGGCAAGCAGACCAGCUGUCGAAGGCGUCAUUGACAAGCUUGACGAUUUCUUCCCUGACGUUGAUCUUGAUGCUCCUUAUUUGGAUGGGCCUCCGUCGCCAACCCCUAAGGCCUCCAACGCCGAGCAUGAUGCAAGUAUCAAUGAGAAAAAGGAGAUGGCGCAAGCUAUGCCGCAUCCAACUUAUGGAUCCGAUACAGCUACCGCCAGACCGGACGCUAGUAUUGUUGCUCGACGCAAUAUCGCACGGGGUGGUGGUGGUGGCGGUGGUCUGUCGCGUAUGAAGUCCAUUCGUCAAGUUGCCCAGGGAGCGAACCGAACGAAUAGUAUUAGCACUGCUGGCCCUCAAAGGUCGGGUGAUCUUUUGCGCCGGAAAAGUACGAAGAUGUUCGGCGCCAAGAUCAUGCAAAUCAGGCCUAGACCUGGCAGCAGGAUCAGCCAGCUCGAUCCCAUUCCGCAAAACAGUAACCAAAUCACCUCGAAUACUGGUCCUGUGCCUCAGCGACAGCCUACUUUCCGUAUCAUCCGCGGUCAACUUAUUGGCAAGGGUACCUACGGACGGGUAUACCUAGGCAUGAACGCGGAUAAUGGUGAGGUCUUGGCUGUGAAACUGGUCGAGAUCAAUCCCCGAAUUGCUGGUGCAGACAAAGACAAAGUCAAAGAAAUGGUCGCUGCAUUGGAUCAGGAAAUCGACACCAUGCAGCACCUCGAACAUCCUAAUAUCGUGCAAUAUCUUGGCUGUGAGCGUGGAGAGUUCUCUAUCUCUAUCUACCUGGAGUAUAUCUCUGGUGGAUCGAUUGGAAGUUGUCUUCGCAAGCACGGCAAGUUCGAAGAGAGUGUUGUGAAAUCACUUACGCAGCAAACACUUAGUGGUUUGGCCUACCUGCAUGACAAGGGAAUCCUCCAUCGUGACUUGAAAGCAGACAAUAUCCUCUUGGAUCUUGAUGGAACCUGCAAGAUCUCUGAUUUCGGUAUAUCCAAGAAGACAGAUGACAUUUAUGGCAACGACUCAAGCAACUCCAUGCAGGGUUCCGUCUUCUGGAUGGCCCCCGAGGUUAUCCAGUCCCAAGGCCAAGGAUACAGUGCUAAGGUUGAUAUCUGGUCUCUGGGCUGUGUGGUCUUGGAGAUGUUCGCUGGCCGAAGACCGUGGAGCAAGGAGGAGGCCAUCGGCGCGAUCUUCAAGCUCGGAAGUCUGAGCCAGGCUCCUCCUAUUCCAGAGGAUGUGUCGCUGAACAUUAGUCCGGCGGCUCUUGCAUUCAUGUAUGACUGCUUUACAAUUGAUUCGGCCGAACGUCCUACCGCUGGAACCCUGCUCACGCGCCACCCCUUCUGUGAAGCCGAUGCAAACUACAACUUCCUAGACACGGCAUUGUAUGCGAAGAUUCGGGUCUGA